UUGGAGCUGGACGAAGUUGGUGGGGAAAUGGCGACGUGUGACAGAAAAAAACAAUAGAAGUGGGCGGCGGAGGAAGGGUUAGAGCAAGCGAGGUGGGCAAGAAAGUUUUCAUAAAGCCGAAGUGAAGGAUAUUAAAUUUGUAGCCUGGAAACUCAUUAUUCCAUCAAGAUCUGAUCAGAUGACCAUAUGAUGUCAGAGCAGAAGUCCAAGUAACUCGAUUCGUCAGCACUUGAAUAUCUCUGGCCUUUUACCGUGGAGGGGAAAAGGUUUCUCUGUACUUUGAGGGGCGAUUUGUGCAGGAGUUGCAGCCAGAUACAGUGCGAAGGCCACAUCAGGAUCUGACCCCAUCCGUCCGGCCUUUGGUAACCUGAAUGUCGCUGGGAAUUGAACAUGGAUCGACAAAGGCCCACUCGCGGUGUGCAGGCGAGGCUUCAGACCGGGGCGAGGCCGUUCACCUGCUCCACGUGCGGGAAGGGGUUCACUCAGCAGUCCAACCUGCUGAGGCACAAGCGAGUCCACACCGGCGAGAGGCCGUUCACCUGCUCCGAGUGCGGCAAGGGCUUCAUUCAGUCGUACAACCUGCAAUUACACCAGUGCACGCACACCGGGGAGAGACCGUUCACCUGCACGGUGUGUGGGAAAGGAUUUACUGAUUCGUCCCACCUCCUGACACACCAGCGGGUGCACACCGGGGAGAAGCCGUUCACCUGCUCCACGUGCGGGAAGGGGUUCACUCAGUCGUACAACCUGCUGAUCCACCAGCAGGUGCACACCGGGGAGAAGCCGUUCGCCUGCGCCGAGUGCGGGAAGGCAUUCGCCGAUCCGUCCACCCUGCUGAGGCACAAGCGAGUCCACACCGGGGAGAGGCCGUUCACCUGCUCCGAGUGCGGCAAGGGCUUCAUUCAGUCGUACAACCUGCAAAUACACCAGCGCACGCACACCGGGGAGAGACCGUUCACCUGCUCCGAGUGCGGGAAGGGGUUCACUCAGCUGUCCACCCUGCUGACCCACCAGCGGGUGCACACCGGGGAGAAGCUGUUCGCCUGCGCCGAGUGCGGGAAGGGAUUUGCCGAUUCGUCCGCCCUGCUGAGGCACAAGCGAGUCCACACCGGGGAGAGGCCGUUCUCCUGCGCCGAGUGCGGGAAGGGAUUCGCUGAUUCGUCCACCUUGCUGAGGCACAAGCGAGUCCACACCGGCGAGAAGCCGUUCUCCUGCUCCGAGUGCGGGAGGAGAUUCACCCGUUCGACCAACCUGCUGACCCACCAGCGGGUUCACGGUCACCCGCAGCACGGGACCCCCACCGCCGCCAACUUUGUUGGGGGCAGCGGGACAUCAGGGCGCCUGCGCGGUCGACAUCUUUGUAGGGGGCAGGUUUUGGCAGGGCGCAUGCGCUACCUUGUUCUGCAGCUGUGUCGCUGGGAAUUGAACAUGGUUCGACAAAGGCCCACUCGCGGUGUGCAGGCGAGGCUUCAGACCGGGGAGAGGCCGUUCACCUGCUCCACGUGCGGGAAGGGGUUCACUCAGCAGUCCAACCUGCUGAGGCACAAGCGAGUCCACACCGGCGAGAGGCCGUUCACCUGCUCCGAGUGCGGCAAGGGCUUCAUUCAGUCAUACCACCUGCAAUUACACCAGUGCACGCACACCGGGGAGAGACCGUUCACCUGCACGGUGUGUGGGAAAGGAUUUACUGAUUCGUCCCACCUCCUGACACACCAGCGGGUGCACACCGGGGAGAAGCCGUUCACCUGCUCCACGUGCGGGAAGGGGUUCACUCAGUCGUACAACCUGCUGAUCCACCAGCAGGUGCACACCGGGGAGAAGCCGUUCGCCUGCGCCGAGUGCGGGAAGGCAUUCGCCGAUCCGUCCAGCCUGCUGAGGCACAAGCGAGUCCACACCGGGGAGAGGCCGUUCACCUGCUCCGAGUGCGGCAAGGGCUUCAUUCAGUCGUACAACCUGCAAAUACACCAGCGCACGCACACCGGGGAGAGUCCGUUCGCCUGCGCCGAGUGCGGGAAGGGAUUUGCCGAUUCGUCCACCUUGCUGAGGCACAAGCGAGUCCACACUGGCGAGAGGCCGUUCACCUGCUCCGAGUGCGGGAAGGGAUUCGCCAAUUCGUCCGCCCUGCUGAGGCACAAGCGAGUCCACACCGGGGAGAGGCCGUUCUCCUGCUCCGAGUGCGGGAGGAGAUUCGCCCGUUCGUCCAACCUGCUGACCCACCAGCGGGUUCACGGUCACCCGCAGUGGCACGGGACCCCCACCGCCGCCAACUUUGUUGGGGGCAGCGGGACAUCAGGGCGCCUGCGCGGUCGACAUCUUUGUAGGGGGCAGGUUUUGGCAGGGCGCAUGCGCUACCUUGUUCUGCAGCUGUGUCGCUGGGAAUUGAACAUGGUUCGACAAAGGCCCACUCGCGGUGUGCAGGCGAGGCUUCAGACCGGGGAGAGGCCGUUCACCUGCUCCACGUGCGGGAAGGGGUUCACUCAGCAGUCCAACCUGCUGAGGCACAAGCGAGUCCACACCGGCGAGAGGCCGUUCACCUGCUCCGAGUGCGGCAAGGGCUUCAUUCAGUCAUACCACCUGCAAUUACACCAGUGCACGCACACCGGGGAGAGACCGUUCACCUGCACGGUGUGUGGGAAAGGAUUUACUGAUUCGUCCCACCUCCUGACACACCAGCGGGUGCACACCGGGGAGAAGCCGUUCACCUGCUCCACGUGCGGGAAGGGGUUCACUCAGUCGUACAACCUGCUGAUCCACCAGCAGGUGCACACCGGGGAGAAGCCGUUCGCCUGCGCCGAGUGCGGGAAGGCAUUCGCCGAUCCGUCCAGCCUGCUGAGGCACAAGCGAGUCCACACCGGGGAGAGGCCGUUCACCUGCUCCGAGUGCGGCAAGGGCUUCAUUCAGUCGUACAACCUGCAAAUACACCAGCGCACGCACACCGGGGAGAGUCCGUUCGCCUGCGCCGAGUGCGGGAAGGGAUUUGCCGAUUCGUCCACCUUGCUGAGGCACAAGCGAGUCCACACCGGCGAGAGGCCGUUCACCUGCUCCGAGUGCGGGAAGGGAUUCGCCAAUUCGUCCGCCCUGCUGAGGCACAAGCGAGUCCACACCGGGGAGAGGCCGUUCUCCUGCUCCGAGUGCGGGAGGAGAUUCGCCCGUUCGUCCAACCUGCUGACCCACCAGCGGGUUCAUGGUCACCCGCAGUGGCACGGGACCCCCACCGCCGCCAACUUUGUUGGGGGCAGCGGGACAUCAGGGCGCCUGCGCGGUCGACAUCUUUGUAGGGGGCAGGUUUUGGCAGGGCGCAUGCGCUACCUUGUUCUGCGGCUGCCUGAAUGUCGCUGGGAAUUGAACAUGGAUCGACAAAGGCCCACUCGCGGUGUGCAGGCGAGGCUUCAGACCGGGGCGAGGCCGUUCACCUGCUCCACGUGCGGGAAGGGGUUCACUCAGCAGUCCAACCUGCUGAGGCACAAGCGAGUCCACACCGGCGAGAGGCCGUUCACCUGCUCCGAGUGCGGCAAGGGCUUCAUUCAGUCGUACAACCUGCAAUUACACCAGUGCACGCACACCGGGGAGAGACCGUUCACCUGCACGGUGUGUGGGAAAGGAUUUACUGAUUCGUCCCACCUCCUGACACACCAGCGGGUGCACACCGGGGAGAAGCCGUUCACCUGCUCCACGUGCGGGAAGGGGUUCACUCAGUCGUACAACCUGCUGAUCCACCAGCAGGUGCACACCGGGGAGAAGCCGUUCGCCUGCGCCGAGUGCGGGAAGGCAUUCGCCGAUCCGUCCACCCUGCUGAGGCACAAGCGAGUCCACACCGGGGAGAGGCCGUUCACCUGCUCCGAGUGCGGCAAGGGCUUCAUUCAGUCGUACAACCUGCAAAUACACCAGCGCACGCACACCGGGGAGAGACCGUUCACCUGCUCCGAGUGCGGGAAGGGGUUCACUCAGCUGUCCACCCUGCUGACCCACCAGCGGGUGCACACCGGGGAGAAGCUGUUCGCCUGCGCCGAGUGCGGGAAGGGAUUUGCCGAUUCGUCCGCCCUGCUGAGGCACAAGCGAGUCCACACCGGGGAGAGGCCGUUCUCCUGCGCCGAGUGCGGGAAGGGAUUCGCUGAUUCGUCCACCUUGCUGAGGCACAAGCGAGUCCACACCGGCGAGAAGCCGUUCUCCUGCUCCGAGUGCGGGAGGAGAUUCACCCGUUCGACCAACCUGCUGACCCACCAGCGGGUUCACGGUCACCCGCAGUGACUAGGUUUUGAUCUUCUUCACACCCCGGUCUGAACCAUGUUCAUGGACUGGUGCUGCUGAUGUUGGUAAACUCCUGCCCGAGUAUUGGGCCCAAUAAAAGUCAAACAAUAGCGUGGGAUUGUAGAAUUCCUGACUCAUUGGACAGCAUCACAUUCACACUGGAGAGAAACUGUUCGGCCUUUCAGUGUGAUCGCGGAUGAUCGUCCAACUAAGUAAGCUGUUCUCCCUUUCAUCCCACACCCGUUAAGCCCUAAGAACGAUAUAUUCCUCCUCCUUGAAAACAUUGUGUUUUAGCCUCAACCAACUUCUGUGGUGGAGAAUUCCACUGUCCCACCGCUCUCCGGGUGACAAAUGUCCUGCCCGUUACAAUCCCAAAUGGCAAACCACAUAUUCCUAGAUCUCGACCCCACCUGAUUCUGUCAUUGGGAGCACCCUUCUGACUUUUACAGACAGUUUUGUUUCCCCAAAAGCUUUCUCUAUUCUCCACCCCGCCACCUUGAAGGUAGUCAUUGGUGUAUGCCCCUUUCUUGGUUCUACUACUGUCCCUGAUUCUCAUCGUUAGCCAGAGUUGGGCCACCUUUCCCGUUUUAUUUCUGUGACAGACGGGAUGGAACAAUUGUUGCAGUUCCUCGAGGCAUUUGUUAAAUGUUUGCUGUUGCCUGUGCUGUCCCUCGUUCAUUGUGGCCAGCUCAUUGCUUCAAAUCAUCUCCGUUUCCUUUACGUCCAUUAUCCAAUGUCAGAGCCGACCGGGGACACACACAAGUUCCAAACGGGGGUAGGCCUUGAAGCCGGCACCACCAUCCAUCAUCGUAGGAGUUAAGGUUUGUAGGGAUGGGGAGAGAACAACGGGGAUGGGUCUGCACCAACUCCAGGCUGAUCUCUCCCCUACCUGCACUGUCCUUCUGCCCGUCCACAGCCGUUAAUACACAGCUCGUGUUCAUGGCUGGUAGUGUCCAUGCUCCACAAUGUCAGCAGAUGCAGCCUUUAAAACCUGCAGGUGGUGUGAAGCCAAGAAACGUGUCGAACCGUGAGGAAGAAAGUGCAGAACCUCAAGAGGACAUAAGUUCCCUUCAGUAUUCUGGGUGUGUUUGUGUGAUGAACGCGGACUGGAAAAUUAGAAAGAAGCCACUGAGCUGUCUGCUGAGCAGAUCUAAGAGCUAAUGAAUGCAAGGAGCAUUCGCAACAUAGAUACAGCAUUGGCUAGGCAUCAGUAAACGUUGUAGCCAAUAACAGUUGGAUUUGGAUUGCUUGAAGGUGUGCAGUUGGUUUGCACGUGGGUUCACUUUGUAGAUCUCUUUCCUUCCUGAUGCAUGUUGAUGAGGUAGGCUUUGUAUACAGGGCAUGAUGUGGGGAAAGGAUCUUUUCACCUUGGAGGGAUGGUGUUUGCCUGGAAUUCGCUGUAGAAAAUCUCUCUCUGCAGUGAAAAGGUAAUUGGAUUUGUACCGUAACCUGCCAGGUGACAGACGAGGUGCUGGAAGGUAGAAUUAGAAUGGAAUGCGUGCUUUUUGACCACACGGACCGAACAGCCUUUUCCUGCAUUGUACCUUUUCUAUGGUUAUUUCCACCUCCUGCCUUAAAAAAAUUAAUUAAAUGACUCUGCCAUCCCCACAGUCCAGGAAAUGAGUUCUCAAUACUCGGGACCGUUUAAUAGGGCGAAAAGAUAAGAAGACGCCAUCUUAAAUAGAAGACUCCUUAUGUUUAAAUGGUGGCUCUGCUUCUAGUGUCUCACAUGAGGAAAUCAUUCUUCUAAUGUCCAUCUGGAAAUUUUAUUUUGUGUUUUGGAGAGAUUUGAGGCAAAGCCAGAAUUGAAGAUUUAAAAAAAAAGCCAGCUGGACCCAGCCAGUAACCACAGCGUCUGGUAUUCAAUAUUUCCACCAUCAAGGUUUGCAGGAUAGGUGUGUGGAAGCUAUUUCUGUUUGUCAAUGAAUCCGAUUAAAAGUUAAUUACUCUAAUCUUGAGCUAUUCAGAAGCAAAUUGAAAACAGAAAAUGGUGGAAAUACUCGACUGUUAAGUGGCAGUUGAGGAUUGAGAAAACAGUUUGCACAGUCACAUGUUGAAGAUUUGUAAUGGAAAAUGUUUUUUUUCCCAUGGGGUGGCACGGUGGCUAGCACUGCUGCCUCACAGCAUCAGGGACCUAGGUUCAAUUCCCAUGUUGGGUGACUGUCUAUGUGGAGUUUGCACAUUUUCCCUGUCUCUAUGCGGAUUUGCUCUGGUUUCCUCCCACAGUAUAAAGAUGUGUAGUUGAGGUAAAUUGGCCAUUGGUAACUGCCAGUGGGGCUGGCAGCAUCUGUUGGGUGCAUUAGUCAGGGGUGAAUAUAAGGUAAGGGAAUGGGUCUGGGUGGUGUUGGGAUGGAUAUAUCAUAGGCCUAGGGAGGGUAGAGAUGUAGUUACUUCUUGGGAAAUCGGGGGGCGCUACGGAGAUGUUGUUUGGACUGUUUACCGAAACUGCCUGUGCAGCUGGACUACCAAGGUCAGACCAAUACAAUGGCUGCCUUUACUCGGAGACCUUGUUUACGAGACAGACCAUCUCAUGGAUACCUGCCAAGGCCGAGGCCUGUUCACAGGAGGCCUUUGUCUGUGAGAGAUCACGUGUGUGAGUGAUUACGUAGCGUUAGCUUAGCGAACAAUAUAUCAAGCAGGGGUUUUGGAAAGAUUUCAGAACGUGCCUUCUCCAGUGAGCUAGACACCUCACUGUUCUGUGUACGAUUCUCUCUCAUUAAACCUGUUUAUACUUCUAA